GAUGGCAUGAUCGAACACAAAGGUGUUCAACAUUGUGAAAUAAAUAUUUACAUUAAAUUCUUAUGUGUGUAAGGACAGCCCGUAGAGACGGGAUGACGCUGGAAAGACAGUUGACUGGUGGAAAGCCGAGGGCAAUGGCAGCAAGCCUAGCCCGGGAAAUUUUAAAGCUAAAAGUCCGACAAAAAAAAGAUAAAAACGACGACCCCGACGUUGAAACGGAACUGAGAUGCCCUACGUGCGGGAAAACUUACAAAAGACGAGCCUGGUAUCACAAACAUUUAAAAACAAAUGAUGGAGUUGAAGCACGACAGCCGUCGUCCACAGAAUUAAAAAUGUCGUUUAAGCUUGAUGAUGUAAACAAAAUAUUCCAAGCUUUCUCAUCAUCGUCAGCAUCGUCCCGAAUUAAGAAGAUCAAAGGUCCCGCCACUGCAUACGGACAGAAUACUUAGAGAGAACGAACAUAGAGCAUCACGGCCGACAUGGCGAGGAGAGGAGUAGGCAUAACGGAUAAACGACAAUUUUACCGGAGUUUAACUGAAACAAGUAAAUUGCAAAUAACAGUGGAGUUUGUUGAUGUAAAUCAAGAAACCAAAACUUACGGUCAGGAUCAAGAUAUAGUAUUCACAAUUGACGCACGCUGUCAGAACGUAACGAAAUAUUUUGAAAAGAAACGUAAGGAGAAUUAUUUUCGUGCACCUUUUAGAUGGAUUUUGUUGGGUUUAGACAACAGCAAUGACAGAAUUCCCAACACCAUAGCCAAUAUCGAUAUUAUGCCGGAUUCGGAAGUAUUGGUUGUUCGUUAUAAUAAUAACGAUUCAUUUGAAUUAUAUUACAUUUACAAAAUAAGUGCAAAUCAUUCAUGGCAAUAUGAACAAUACGGAAAUUGGAAAGAAAAUUUUGGAAUAAAUAAUAUUGAACAUACUACGAUUGGCUCGACGGCUUUGCGUAGACUUAAUUUGUAUGGAGUUGAAAUAAGUAUUUGCUAUGUGUUAACUGAUAAAGACAGUAUAUAUCAUCUGACCGAUGGCAUGAAUGAUCAUAUAGAUACCAUAACGAAAGUAAAUUACCCUACAACGAAUCACCUGCUGGAUUUCCUCAAUGCGUCCAGAAAGUAUAUAUUUACAGAAACUUGGGGAUACAGAGUUAAUGGAUCUUGGAAUGGCAUGACAGGGUACCUGAUAAGAGAAGAAGUUGAAAUUGGAGGAUCUCCAAUGUUUUUUACUUCGGAAAGAAUUUCGAUAGUGGACUACAUAGCAAGUCCUACACCGACAAGAUCCAAGUUCGUGUUCCAACAGCCCAAGUUGUCUUACGAAAAUAAUUUGUUUUUACUUUCCUUCCGAACGUCUGUGUGGUACAGCAGUACGGCUCUCAUCGCGUUGCUGUUAUUUGCCAUAAUGAUAGUAGCCAUGUGGGAAUGGAAGAAGAACCAAAGGAUCGGGAAUUCGAGAAAUACCGAUGCUGGUAUAUUAAGACCCAAUUUGGCAGACGUGGUGAUUUUAAUAUUUGGUGCAGUUUGUCAGCAGGGCAGUCCGACAGAACUCAAAGGGUCUUUGGGUCGAAUCGUUAUGCUGAUCCUGUUCUUAGCACUAAUGUUCCUCUACACGUCAUACUCUGCGAACAUAGUUGCUUUACUGCAAUCCAGUUCCUCAAAAAUAAGAAAUUUGGAUGAUAUGUUACAUUCGAGGUUAAAAUUUGGCGUACAUGACACAGUCUUCAAUCGGUACUACUUUUCGACUGCUACAGAACCUGUCAGAAAAGCAAUAUACGAGAAAAAAGUAGCACCACCAGGCACUAAGCCCAGAUUUAUGACUAUGGACGAAGGAGUAAUAAAGAUGCGAAAGGGUUUAUUCGCCUUUCAUAUGGAAACGGGUGUGGGUUACAAAUUUGUGGGCAAAUACUUCAAUGAGGGUGAAAAAUGUGGCUUGAAAGAAAUCCAGUACCUUCAAGUAAUAGACCCCUGGUUAGCAGUGAGGAAGAAUACACCUUAUAAAGAGAUGUUCAAGAUAGGGUAAUAGAUUUUUACAUCAACAAAUCUAGUGCGUACAAGGCAAUUUUAAAAUCUGUAUUUUAGUAAUGACGACCUCCGUGGCCGAGUGGUUUGUUCGCCGGGUUUCAUGGUGUCGCCGACUCGAGAGGUCUCGGGUUUGAAUCCCGGUGGGGGCAGAUGUUUGUGUGAUGAACACGAGCAUUUGUACUCCAGUCAUGGAUGUUUAAUAAUAUGUAUUUUUAUUUUCUAUAUAAAUAUACUUAUAUUUGUACAGUAUAUGUAUUCUAUUCGUUACCCUAGUAUCCCAUAACACAAGCCUUAUAGUGCUUACUUUGGGGCUAGGCUAAUUGGUGUAAGUCUUGGAAUAAAAUCUUUAUUGUUUCUUAUUCAUCAGAAUGAAAAGAAUUCAAGAACAUGGACUCCAAAGUAGAGAGAACCGGUUGCUGUAUGAAAAAAGACCGAAAUGUUCGGGAAGAGAGUCCAAUUUCGUAUCAGUGAGCAUGGUCGACUGCUAUCCUGCUUUGUUGAUACUGUCUUACGGGUCUAUCGUAUCAAUUUUCCUACUAGCUUUUGAAUAUCUAAUUCAUCAACGGUACACCCUAUUGAAAAAACUAUCAUGUAGUAAAGAAACAUUAGGAAAUUACAUUAACUAAGAUUACGAUCCUUUUGUUAGAUAAGAUAUAAGAACAUACCCAAAAGGAACACUCAUCACCAUCACAUUUUCCAAAAGUUUAGUUUCUAGAAAAGUUUUUACAAAACUUAACAACAACAUGCAAUUUUUGAGAACCACCCGCUAACUGAACUUCUUUCAAUGACAUAAUAGUUAUCGUAUCGGUUUAUAAGUAAGUAGAUAGAAAGGUCGCUGACGACGUAGUAAACAAACAUGUUUCAUUUGCACAUAAUAAAUGUAAAUGUGCACAGUAAUUACUGAGGACGUUUGCUUUUAAUUAGAAACCGCCCAUAUGAUUAACGGGGAAAGCUUCAAGCUACCGUACAAGUUAGCCCUAGUUUGCACGAGAGCUUUUUCAAUGAAACAGAGCUUUUUAAAAUGAUAAAUUUGUAAAACAAGUAAGUAGUGUCAGUUAAGACCGGGUAAGGCACAGCGGAUUUAUCGCUUGAAUUGAAGCGCCCUUCUGAGGAAGUAAACUUCACCUUGCAGAAGAUCACAGUUAAAUAUCACUGCCUUUUGGUGGUGAUGCGUGUUUGUCGACGAGUAAGUUUCCAGGCAGGCCUCCACGGGGUAAAGAAUAGGGUCAGGGUAGGCAACGGCGGGCAGUGGGGAUGGAUCUCUAGCUCUCCAGCGUGGUACGGGCCAUGCUAGGAAGUGACAGAUCCUGGCAGGUGAUGACCUCCUUCUGAGAGGUCAGAGGCGGCGGAGAGAGUUCGCGAGGAUCAAGCCUACGCGAACUCUCUUCGACGCAGGAGCGGCAGGACUGGUCGGCGAGCGAGCCCGCCUUCUAGUUCUCUAGCGGUACCUUCUGCGAUUGCCAAGGAGGGGGUGCUCCACGGCACCAUCGCGAGGGAGUAGGAUCUCAGGCGUAACAAGCGGCGACUCAUAACUGGACCCCGCAGUUACGCCUGGAGGGUGUGGGGUAGAUCAGGGAGGGUAGGUAACGGCGCGUGUGAUAGUAAUGGUAUCGCAAGCGUCGAUAGACUAUUGUGGCCCCUUACCAUCAGGCAGGCAUACGCUUGUUUGCCACCCUUCUAACAUAAAAAAGGUUCCUUUUAACUUUACUUCUUACGCCUUAAGUUCACCUUAAAAGUAAACGUGAGUGUCGUGGAACACUCGCUUAAGUUGAAAAUAUUUAUAUACGGUAAGUAUCCUACCCACCAAUCUGCAUUGGGCCCACGUGGCGAGUCAUAGCCCAAUCAUAUAAUUUCAUAAAAAAAAUAUCCUACCCACCAAUCCGCACUGGGACCGCGUCGAGUCAUGAAUCCAAUCUCCCUAUUAAACCAAAAAAAAAUUAUAGUUAUGUAAAUAUCUUAAAAAUUUUUCACCCAUGUAUUCACCAUACCGUUCGAAAAGAAACUUCUUUUUAAAAAACCCGCUUUAAAAUUCACCGCUGAACAGAUACCCACUAUGGCACCCACUAGAUAUUUUUUAGAGCUAUUAAAAAGCGCUCAUGUAAACCAGGGCUAAGGUGCUGCAUCAUAUAAUUAAACACUGGCUUGAAUAUAACUAGCAAUUAAAGAGUGCAUUGGUGCAAUAUUAGCAAAAAGGUGAGGUACUUAAGUCUAAAUAUUUUCGUUCCAUGAGACAUAUUAAAAUUUGCUUCUAAUAAA